AUGAAGUUUAUUGUAUAUGAAGUGGCGAAAAUACGAAGGGCUCUUUUGAAUGCUGUGAGAAUUGUAUUCACGGCCCUGUCGGUCACGUCGGGAGUUCUCCUCGCGCUGGAAUAUGAACGGAGGGAAGCGUUGCUGCCUUCGGGCAACACCGCUCACCCUACGCAAAUGGUCAUCGGCUUUGAGUUCAAGGUCAUAUCAAUAAAGGCGAUGCUGGCAAUAGUCUUCGUUGUUUCCGUUCUCGCGUCGAUCUUCUCAGUCCUUCUUCUUAUCGGCAUUGCUAAGAAUCGACCCGGCCUCCUGCUUAGCUAUUUCGCCUUCGGUAUAAUGACCACCAUAAUCAUGCAGCUCGGCUGUUUGCUGUUGAUGUUACAGAACUUCUGGUACAUAUCCCUGCUAUGGUUUGGGGCCACGCUGGUCUACAUACAUUAUCUCUUCGUCGUGCACACAGUCUACGAGAUGAUGCAAAGGGGGAAGCAAAUCGGUCUAAACAGAGACGAAAUGCACGAAGAGCUAUUGAAU